AUGUUCCGGUUUUCAUCACUUCCUGUCCUUAUGUGUGUGGUAACGGUGUCCUGCUCAGAAACAAAAACCUGCGAAGAUGCCCAGAAGACCUGUUCAGUGAUUACCUGUGGCAUCCCAGUCACCAAUGGCACCCCAGGCAGAGAUGGGCGAGACGGACCCAAGGGAGAAAAGGGAGAACCAGGGCAAGGACUCAGAGGUUUGCAGGGCCCUCCAGGGAAAUUUGGGCCUCCAGGAAAUACAGGGGCUCCUGGGUUGCAAGGAGCAAAGGGCCAAAAAGGAGAUCGUGGAGACAGUUCAGCUGCUGAGACUAAGCUGGCUAACUUAGAGAGAGAAAUAAGGAGCCUGAAGUCAGAACUGGACCACAUUAAAAAGUUGCAAAUCUUCUCCUUGGGAAAAAAGUCUGGGAAGAAGUUAUAUGUGACCAAUGGUGAACUUAUGCCUUUUUCCAAAGUGAAGACUCUGUGCACAGAGCUCCAGGCCACUGUUGCCACCCCCAAGGACUCUUCUGAAAAUAAAUUUCUGCAGAGAACUAUCCCGAGAAUCUAAUAUCUAAAACUCAAUGCCUUCUUGGGCAUCACAGAUGAGGUGACUGAAGGCCAGUUUAUGUACAUGACAGGAGGGAGACUGACCUACAGCAAUUGGAAAAGGGAUGAGCCUAAUGACCAUGGCUCAGGGGAAGAUUGUGUGAUUCUUCUAACGGAUGGACUCUGGAAUGACGUCUCCUGCUCUUCCUCCUUCCUGGCCGUCUGUGAAUUCCCAGCCUAA